AUGGACAACCUCAAUGUGGCCGAGUUAGUCGAGCGUCUCGGUAGCGAUGAGGAUGCCGUGCGCAAAAUGGCCGUGUUCAAGCUUCAGGGCAACGUCGGCGACCCGUCUUUCGCUGAAUUGUUUAUUAUUGAGGGGGGGCUGACCCGCCUGCGAUACCUGACCCUGCAUGCUAACGGGAAUACACUGGCUUACAGUCUGACCAGUUUUGCUCGCCUGCUGGAGGUGGACAAAGGAUGGGAGUGUGUUGACCAGGAGUUGGUUGAACGGAUCGUGGAACUUAUCGUCACUCAUCCGCUGGUCAACAUCCUCCGUGGCGCGAUGUCGAUUCUCGUGUCGAUCGUGUCCCACCCACACACUGGGGUUCGCGCGUCGCAAGUGGACCAAUAUGGCUUUCGUGCAUUGAAACCGGCCAUCGCCAUCUUUCCCCAAUUCCUCGAGAUGCUCGUGAGCAGACUGUCAUCUGCAGACCAUGCCCUGUGCGCCAAUGCGCUGCAGUUGAUCAAUUCCUUGAUGCGCGACUCGAUUACACACGACUCGGAGGCAGAGUGGCCCAAGUUUAUUCAGAAACUGCAAGACCUCGGCGUGAUUCGGGCUGUCUAUAUGUUGAUGCAGGAUUCGGCUCUCCAGGAUCUCGCCCCGCCUCUUCUUGAAUUCCAAUCCCUCACCAAAGUCCUUCUGCGUAAGUGGCGAGACAUCCCCCUGAAUCAGGAGAAGCCGGAACACCGCAGAGCCCUGAAAGGAAUCUAUCUCGCCAGCAACCCUAGCAAGUGUGUUGAUGAGACUCUCGAAAAUGGAGAGGAGGCCCGGCGGUCCAAACGACAUCACCCAGAGAAGUGGCGUCGCUUGGGAUUCGAAUCGGAGAGCCCCGUGGCGGAAUUCUACGAGGUCGGAUUCUUGGGGAUGAUGGAUCUGGCCGACUAUGUCCGCAGUCACCAGGAUGAAUACCAGAAGAUGCUUCUCGAACAAUCGACAAAACCCUCUCGCCAACGCUGUCCGAUUGCCCAAGCCUCCUUGGCUGUGACAUCCAUCUUGUAUGAGCAUUUCGAAGUGGACAAGUCGGAAAUGGAAGAUUCUAAGAGCUAUAUGCUUCUGGAAUCACGAUCCAGUCUCGACAAAUUGUUCAGACCCCUUCUGCUCCACUGGACUCGACUCCACGUGUCAGGUUUACAGGCCUUCUUCCGCCUCUGGAAAGCAACCGCGGCGGAAACGGAGGAUCUCGACAAACUCGUCGAGCUGGUCCGUAUUCUGAUCGAAUCCGUGGUGGGUGGUGCCGCCCGUACGAAGGACGUACAAGAUAUCGAAGAGGAGCUCGCGAACUUUGAAUACCCGCGACUCCGAGAGCUGCAGAUGGAACUUCUGGAACUCACGUACGAGGAUGCCUGGGGCCAACACUUGCGCCAGGUACGUGAUGAGCUUCACCAUGAAGCCUUGCAGUUUGUCAAGGAACAACGGAUUCGUUGUCUGCUUCAGGGCGCCUGGUUUUCCCUCGAAUCUCACUCCAAGUCCGAUUCCGGGCCGAUUCCCCGAUCCUCAGCCUCCUAUCAAUAUAUCCAAUUAUCGCACAACCGACGAUACCUGCAUUUUGGCGAGUUCGACUCGAUGGAUGACCGUGCUCCGGAGCUAGAUGAACUCCCUGACAAGAUUGACCUCUCCAUCGUUUCCUCGGUGGUUUCGAAUGUCUCCACCACUCCCGAUUAUUCUUCGUCGUCUACCGUCAAGACGGCUCCUCGUCAGGCCUCCACUAAAAUUACCAUCCAUGGCUAUGCAUCGUCUUCGACCACGGGGCAUUCGAGGGGCCAUGGCCAUACCCGCACGGGCAGCCGAUCUACCCAGAAGGAGGUGGUUCUCCUCAUCCUUCGGCCUGCUUCCCAUAGUGUGGCCUCUGAGUGGCUUGAUGGUCUCCUUAUGCUACUCAACCAACAGCCUAUCACUGCGGAGACCACUAAGUUGAUCGAUUUAGUCAGUAACUACGGGCUGAAAAUCCGUCUCCUGAAUGUUCGGUUUGACGAUGCUACGUUCGCUGGCGAAGCGCCUCCUGUACCCGUACGAGACGGGCUAGAUGAAGAUUAUUACUAUGACGUCUUUGGUGGUGUAUAA